GCGAAACAAAAGUGAAAAUCGCAAUCUGCAAAACAUCAAACCACGGAAUACACAGCAAAUCAAAAAUGUUCCUUUAUACGAGGCGGCUCAGUACCUUCGUGUUGGUGGUAGCGCUCAUAUUAUUGGCGCUAACCACCGAGGAUGUGCAUGCCAAGAGGAAUUCCAAAAGCAGCGGCAGCUCCAGGUCCACUUCCAGCAGAAAGACCACUCCGCGCACCACCAAAGCUCCCCCGCGCUCCUAUUUGGCUCCUUCGCACCGCUCAGCUCCUUCGAACCAUGCUGGUCCUGCGCACCACUCAGUUCCUGCCCACCGCUCGAAGUCGGACAACGAGAGGCUGAGCUACGGAGGUGGAAAGGAGAGCAAGGUGUUCAAUCCGCAGACGGUGCCCUCGGUAACCACCUCGCCAUUUGGCCGGAAUGCCCCGGCCCAGCCCCAAGGACCUCCGCCAGUCUCCUCCCCUAAGGAAAAAAAAACCUCCACCAUUCUACACCCCGCCCACCCACAAGAACGGCAGGCCAAAUAUUCAUAG